UGCUGUUGCCGUGUUAUUAUCACCGCUGUGUCGCGUAAACGUGUCUUCUGCGUGGAAGACGCCGGGGGUGAGGUGGGGGGGACGGGCCGAGCGGGCGGUGCUUGCGGACUCGCGCUCCUGUAAAGUUUUCCUUCUAAGAGUGGAGGAGCCCGCAGUUCAGUCGGCGUUGGUUUCACCGGGAUUUAGUCGGACUUUGCCAAAAAUGCGACUUUGGUCCUCGCUGCUGUUUUGUGCACUUUUGCACCUGGUUCAGUGCGACGAGCAGCGGAUCCGCGAAGAGAGACUCCUGGUUGUGACUGUUGCAACCAAAGAGACAGAUGGUUUCGCGCGGUUCAUGAGGUCGGCCAAACACUUUAACUACACCGUCAAGGUUCUGGGCCGAGGUGAGAAAUGGACAGGAGGCGACUACAUGUCGGCUCCAGGCGGAGGCCAGAAAGUGCGACUCCUCAAGGCGGCACUGGACGACAUGAAGGACGAGGACAAGAUCAUCCUGUUUAUUGACAGCUUCGACGUCAUUUUUGCCUCGGGCCCCAAGGAGCUGCUCAAGAAGUUCCAGCAGGCCCGACACAAGGUGGUGUUCUCCUCCGAGAGCCUGAUCUGGCCGGACCGGCACCUGCAGGACAAGCACCCCCACGUCAGGGAGGGCAACCGCUUCCUGGGCUCAGGAGCCUUCAUUGGCCACUUGGCCAACAUCAAAGAGAUGGUUUCUGACUGGACGGGAGAAGACGACGACAGCGACCAGCUGUUCUUCACCAACAUUUUCACGGAUCCGGCGAAGAGAAAAUCCAUUAAUAUCACAAUCGACAGCAAAUGCAGACUGUUCCAGAACCUCCACGGAGCCCUGGAUGAGGUGGUGCUGAAAUUUGAGGACGGUCGUGUACGAGCCAGAAACGUGCUGUAUGACACUCUGCCCGUCGCCGUCCACGGGAACGGGCCGACCAAGCUGCAGGUCAACUACCUGGGGAACUACAUCCCCAACACCUGGACGUUUGAGACUGGGUGCACGGUGUGUGAGGAGGGUCUCCGCUCACUCGCAGCCCUGAAGGAGAGCGAGUACCCGCUGGUGAUGGUCGGCGUCUUCAUCCAGCAGCCCACCCCCUUCGUCGCGGUGUUUUUCGAACGCCUGCUGAAGCUCCAGUACCCGAAGAACAGGCUCAAGCUGUUCAUCUCCAACCAGGAAGCUCAUCAUGAGCCGCAGGUCCACGCUUUCCUGCAGGAUCAUGGGAGCCUUUACCAGGAUGUGAAGCUUAUCGGACCUGAAGAGCAGCUCAAAGAAGCAGCUUCUCGAAAUUUGGGCUUUGAUAUGUGCCGGAAGGACGAGGACUGUGAUUAUUUUUUCAGCCUGGACAUCGAAGUAGUUUUAAAAAAUGAGAACACACUCAAAAUUCUCAUUGAACAAAACCUGCCUGUUGUAGCACCCAUGAUAACGCGAGUCGGUCGCCUGUGGAGCAACUUCUGGGGAGCGCUGAGUGCCGACGGCUACUACGCCCGCUCUGAGGACUACGUGGACAUCGUCCAAGGGCGCAGAGUGGGUGUGUGGAACGUCCCGUACGUGUCCAGCGUGUACCUGCUGAGGGCCAGCCUCCUGCGCUCCGAUCUCCCAGACGUCGAGCUGUUCAACGCCCACAACCUGGACCCCGACAUGGCGUUCUGCCACAACGUCCGGAGCAAGGGAAUCUUCAUGUAUGUUGCCAACACACACAGCUUCGGUCGGAUCCUGUCUACAGAAAACUAUCAGAUGAACCAUCUUCACAAUGAUCUGUGGCAGAUCUUUGAGAACCCAGUGGACUGGGAGGAGCGCUACAUCCAUGAGAACUACAGCCACAUCCUGAAAGACAAGCUGAUGGAAACGCCGUGCCCUGACGUGUACUGGUUCCCAGUGUUCAGCGAUGUGGCGUGUAACCACAUCGUGGAAGAAAUGGAGAACUUUGGCGAGUGGUCCGGAGGAGGCAACAGGGAUGAAAGAAUCCAGGGAGGCUAUGAGAACGUCCCCACCAUUGACAUCCACAUGAAUCAAGUCAACUAUGAGAAGGAAUGGCAGAAGUUCCUGCUGGAGUACAUAGCACCAGUAACGGAGAAGAUGUUCCCCGGCUACUACACCAGGGCUCAGUUUGACUUGGCCUUCGUGGUCAGAUACAAACCAGACGAGCAGCCCGCUCUGAGGCCGCACCACGACGCCUCCACCUUCACCAUAAACAUCGCACUCAAUCAAGUAGGCCUUGAUUUCCAGGGUGGCGGCUGCAGGUUCCUCCGCUACGACUGCUCCAUCACAUCUCCUCGGAAAGGCUGGGCCCUCAUGCACCCAGGCCGCCUCACCCACUACCACGAAGGCCUGCCCACCACGGCCGGUGUUCGCUACAUCGCCGUGUCCUUUGUGGAUCCCUGAACGUCCCACAGAAGGCAACUGGUCUCAUCCAACUGUCAGCAACGCAGACUUCAUUUUGAGCUGCAAUGGUGACUUAACCUUUGACCUUUUCCCACACCAAACUGCAGAAUCUGGCAUUUUGUUUAAACAGCUGUAGAGAAAUGAUUGCUGCCAACUAUCUCAGUGAAAUUAGUCCAGGCUCAGGGCUUUGUUUCAUAUGGCUCUGAAAUCCACAGGGUCCUGUUGAGUCUUGAUCUGAACUCAAGUUUCAGCUUAGUCAGUUACAGUAACUGUGCCUUUCUUUUCUAUUCAAAUAAGUUUUCAAAUUUUCUCAAACACUCCUGUUAGGACUUAUUUAUUUUUUUUGUAUUUAAUAACAUGCACCCAGAUAUUUUUUACCCUUUGGAAAAUUGUACUGAUGUUUAGAGAUUUCAUAUUGGAAUCAGAGCUCAGUUUUUCCAGUCAUGUUUAUUAAUAGUGUUCAGCAACUAAAUUGUUCUUCAAACUCGAAUAAAGAUAUGGAAAACAAACAGA